AUGUCUCCCAGUAUUAGGGCAGAGAAGAAUCAAUCGCCACCGUCGUUUCUGAUUACGUCACUUCCGGAGGACGUCGUGGUUGACAUAUUGGCGCGUGUACCGAGACGUGACUAUCCAAGAGUCUCCCUUGUUUCAAAGUACUUCCAGUCACUCGUUUCUUCGCCUGAGAUAUACACAAGACGAUCUUCGCUGGGCUGCACUGAACAUUGUCUCUAUGUUAUCCUCUAUAACUGGGCCAACAUUGUCGACCGUUUGUAUACCCUCAAAAACAAGGGCUUGGUCCUAAUCCCUGGGCUUCUUGAUAUGCCUCCUCAUGAUGGAAGCUUUGUAGCUGUGGGUUCGAGGAUAUAUGUGUUUUGUGGGAUGAUGACAUCGAGUGCUUUCUUCAUCGACUGUACAUCUCACAAUGUGCAACACCUCCCGAGGAUGCCUGUCCCCAUGUUUGGUAUAGUCGCUGACGUCAUUGGAGGGAGAAUCUACGUCUUUGGAUUUCUCGAUACCGAUCAAAAGUCAAAGGCGAUGGUGGUGUUCGAUACAGAAACACAAAUGUGGGAGGAUGGGAUGACAAAUGUGAUGCAGAUACGUAAUAGUUGCCUGGUGGUGAUAGCCGGUAAGAUGUACGCGAGGGAAUUUCAGAAGAGCUUUGUUUACGAUCCAAAGGAAAGCAAAUGGGAAAUGGUCGAGGUGCUGAGUUUGAAGUUCUGGAAUCAUAAGGCUUGUGUUGUUGAUGAUGUUUUGUACUUUUACGAUUGGUCUGGCAAGGAAUUGAGAGCGUAUGAUCCAGAGCACAAGUGUUGGGGAAUGGUGAAAGGUUUGGAUGAUUUGCUGGCUAAGCUGAGACGUGGUUGUUGGUGGGCAAGGCCUGUGAGUUAUGCUGGCAAACUGGUUUUGUUUUUUCGUAGACAAGGAACCACUGGGGAGAUUUGUUAUGCGAAGAUUUCGCUGGAAAGACGCAAAGGAGGUCAGAUUUGGGGUAAAGUUGAUCAGUUGUGUGAUCAUGGUCUGAUUGCUGGUAAUUUUUACUUAAGGAAAUCUCUAGAUGUUGUGCUUUGA